AAAAUGAAAUACUCCAUUUGGGUUGCUUGUUUAAUUACCUUUGCUAUAUUUCAUUCUUCACAAGGUCAAAAUUGUCCCCAAAAUUAUCUUAUCCCUCAUAAUGAAGCACGUAGACAAGUUGGAGUCGGUCCUAUGACAUGGAAUAAUAGUCUAGCGGACUAUGCCCAAAAUUACGCCAAUCAAAGAAUUGGUGACUGCGGGAUGAUCCACUCUCAGGGUCCUUACGGCGAAAACCUAGCCGCGGCCUUCCCCGAUCUCAAUGCGGCUGAUGCCGUGAAAAUGUGGGUCGAUGAGAAGCAAUGGUAUGAUUCUAAUUUGAAUACGUGCGCACUAGGAGAAGUAUGUGGACACUAUACUCAAGUUGUCUGGCGUAAUUCGGUACGUGUUGGUUGUGCCAAGGUUCAGUGCAACAACGGGUGGUAUUUUAUAACGUGCAACUAUGAUCCACCGGGUAAUUAUAUUGGACAACGUCCUUAUGAUGAUCCACCGGGUGAUUUUAUUCCGUGA